AUGGCUCGUACCAAGCAAACUGCUCGUAAAUCAACUGGAGGAAAGGCUCCACGAAAACAAUUGGCCACCAAGGCUGCUCGUAAAUCUGCGCCAGCAACCGGAGGAGUCAAAAAACCACACAGAUAUCGUCCAGGAACUGUUGCUCUUCGUGAAAUUCGUCGCUACCAAAAAUCGACUGAAUUAUUGCUUCGCAAAUUGCCGUUCCAACGAUUGGUGAGAGAAAUCGCUCAAGAUUUCAAAACCGAUUUGAGAUUCCAAUCCUCUGCUGUUAUGGCUCUUCAAGAAGCGGCUGAAGCAUACUUGGUUGGACUUUUCGAAGACACCAACUUGUGUGCCAUCCACGCCAAACGCGUCACCAUUAUGCCAAAAGAUAUUCAACUCGCUCGCCGUAUCCGUGGAGAACGCGCAUAA